AUGGCUUUAGGAGUCUGGUCGCUUCUUGCCGCCUUGAUUUGGCCUUGCACUGAGAGCAUCUAUGUGACAGUAAGUUGUUCAAUGGACUGGGUGAUGAUCUUGGUUAGCCCAUGUGGGCGCAACAGCGAUCUGUGUAUAUUUGAUGAUGAAUUGCACCUGGGAUCAGGUUGCCCUGUGACUCGGAUUCAGACCUCUGCAUAUGAUUUUAUAUACCCUGUACAUGACUGUGGGAUCAGGACAAAGGUUGUUUCGGAGGAUACCCUCCUUUUUCAAACAGAGAUGUUCUUUAACCCUAGGAUUGUGCAUUGUGAGAGCCAGAAAAUCCCUUUGGAAUGUUCUGCCUCUAGGAAAUCAGUAUGGCUCACACCAGGUUCUGCAGAUAAUGAAAUGAAAUUGGACCCCAGUCCCUUUAUUGCUGACUUUGAGACAACACUUGAAGAGCUAGGAUUACUAAGUUCAAGUCAGACUGAUUCCCUCCUUAAGGAGAAAUGGAGACUUGGAGUUGGCAUCAUGAAUUUUGUUCGAAAAACUUUUUUUGUAUUAAAAAAAAGUUAGUAUAAAUCUUUUCUUAGAUAUCUUACCCCUAAACAUCCCUAAUUCAGUAAAGGUCCUGAUUCAGUGAAAGUAUAUUUUUCAUUUUUUUAUUCAUUAGGGGUAUAGCUGAUUAAUUUGAUGUUAAUAGGUAAUUUAUACUAGCCAUUUGAAUUUUAUUUUUUAGGGCCACCUGGGUGGCUCAAUUGUCUAAGCAUAUGACUCUUGUUUUUGGCUCAGGUAAUUAUCUCACAGUCAUGAGGCUGAGCCCUGUAUUGGGCUCCUCAUUGGGUGUGUAGCCUGCUUAAGAUUCUCUCUGCCCCUCCCUCUGCCCCACCCUAUGCGUGCUCCCUCGCUUGCUCUCUCUCUGUAUCUCUGUCUCACAAAAAUUUUAUUUUCUAUUCUAUAUGGUAGAACAAUAUGUCUUCAAUGACAAUAAUUUGAUCCAAUUGAUAUGAACCUUCGAGAAAUAUGUUCUAAAUAUAUAUAUUUUUUUUAGUAGGGGCGCCUGGGUAGCUCCAUUGGUUAAGAAUCUGACUUCAGCUCAGGUCAUGAUCUCCCAGUCUGUGAGUUCCAGUCCUACAUCAGGCUCUCUGCUAUUGAUGGAGUGGAGCCUGCUUCGGAUCCUCUGUCCCCCUCUCUCUGACCCUCCCCCACUGGUGUGUGCAUGCUCUCUCUCAAAAGUAAAUAAACAUUAAAAAAUUUUUAAUAUUUUUCUUAGUAAAAAUAAAGAAUAGAGAUAGGUAUCUAAAUGUGCCAGAGAGUAAAUUUGUGCAGAGUCUAAAAUUUAACAUAUUCUCGGGAAAGACAAAGUCCCUUUGUGUGAAGAUACUUUAACUUGUGUGGGCUUUACUAAUUAGUAGAGUCAGUUCCUAAAAAUAAUUCCUAACUAGUAAAGUCAAUUCCUAAAGAUAAUUCUAUGUAUAUCAUAUUUGAGUAAUUAUUGCAGAAGAAAAUUAGAUUCAUAUUCUAGGAUUUCAAUAACCACUUUCUUAACUGAAAUUUGAUGUCACAUUUUCUGUUCUCUCCCUGAUAUGACUUUUCCACACUUGAAAUAAUUGACUGAUUGAGGUGGUGAAAGGUUGGAUCAUCCUAUCACAGUAUCAUCCUCUUAUAACCAUUUAUCAACAGCUACCUGUGACCCCUUCUUUCCCCCAAGGAGGCAAUUUUACCAUGCAACGCACAAAAAAGUCUCUUCUGACUUUUGGGAUAUUUCUUAUAUCGUUUAUGAGGAUGGAGCUGUGCCAUUCAAUUGCUUAUUAAAUGUGUAUUUGAAUGUUACGUGAGUCUGGGAUCUGAUUUUGCCAAGGUAUUUUUCACUAAGAUAUUUCAAUUAAAAAAACCUGAAGUGCUGCUAUUACAUCAUUUACAAUAAAAUGCUGCUUAUGGUUACUUGUCCAAGAAUUUAAAGAUUGUCACAGUGGGCAUCUACCUUUGACAGUUCAUAUGAAGCUUAAAGGUAAUACUUCAGUGAGGCUUAACACGUGUCAGACAAUGUUACUAGCACAUACUAACAGCACAUUUAAUCCUAAUAACCCCAAAGUUAUGUAUGACGAUUGUACCAAUUUUACAGAGGAGAAAAGAAACAUAGGUUAAAUCAUUUGCCAGCUUCUCUUAAAAUUGGUGAUCUUUUCCUAGUCUUAGAGAAAAAGCUUUCAGCUUCUCACAAUUGGGUAUUGUGUUCAUUAUGGGCUUGUCUGAUACAGGCUUUAUGUGAAGGGGAAAUCCUUCUGUACCUAGUCAGUUGACAGUUUUAAUCAUGAAAAGAUGUUGAAUUUUGUCAAACAUCACCACUUCUAUUCAUAAUAUUGGAAAUCCUAGCCAGAAAAGUUAGGCAAGAAAAAGAAAAGGCAUCUGAAUUGGAAAGGAAGAAGUCAAAUUAUUUGUUUGCAGAUGACCUAAUCUCAUAUAUAUAAAACCAAAAAAGACUCCACUGAAAAACUGCUAGAGUAAUAAGCAAAUUCAGUAGAAUUGCAGGAUAAAAAAAAAUCAACAUGCAGAAACCAGUUGCAUUUCUACACACAAACAAGGAACUGUAUGAAAAAAAAAUCUAAAAAAUCCCAUUUAUAAUAUCAAAAUUAACAAAACACGUAUGAAUACAUUUAACCAAGGAGGUAAAAGAUCUGCACACUGAAAAGUAUAAAACCUUGAUGAAAAGAAUUGGAGAAAACACAAAAUAAUAUCCUGAGUCAAUGAGCUAGAAGAAUUCUGUCAAGAUAUCCGAACUCCCAAAAAGGAUCUACAGAUUCAACGUAAUCCCUAUCAAAAUUCCAAUGACAUUUUUCAAGAAGUUAAAAAAAAUCCUAAAAUUCAUAUGGCUGAACUAAAAAGGCUGAAUAGUUUAAGAAAUCUUAAGAGCAAAGCUGGAGGCAUCACACUUCCCAAUUUUGAAUUACAUCACAAAGCUAUAAUAAUCAAAACAGUAUGGUACUGGCAUAAAAACAUAUUAUAGAACAAUGGAAUGGUAUAGAGAGCCCAGAUAUAAACCCUCACC